AUGAAGAACUUAGAUUAUUCCAAAAAGCCUAUCAAAGUAGUACAUGAAUUGACUAAUGAUAAUAGGUAAACACGAAUGGACUUCUGUUAAAAAUGGAUUGAUGCAGAUUUCAGCAAUAUAUGGUUUAGCGAAGAAACGAUAUUCACGAUUGACGAAACGAAAGCCAAAAUAUGGAUAAAAAAUAACGAUAAUUGGGUGAUAGAAAGAAAAGAAAGAUCCUACAUCAACAGAUAGAUUCAUAUUUGGAGCGGAAUAUAUAUGCGAGGAAGAACAGAAAUAUUCGUAUAUUCAUCUUCGAUUAAUAGUGAUGCUUAUAUGACCUGUUUAGAAGAAUCACUCUUUCCUCCAUCAGCUAAGUUUUACUACAGAAGAAAAGUUAGAUUGCUAUAAGAUGGUGCUAGGGCUCAUACUUCGCGAGCUACUAAAGAAUUCUGCUAAGAAAAUAGCAUAGAGAUCAUUUAACUUCCAGGAUGGUCCCCAGAUCUAAAUCCUAUUGAGAUUAUCUGGGGAUUAAUGAAGAAAAAGUGGAUAAAAAGAUUACUUUUGAGUGAUAUACAAACAAAAUAACAAAUAAUCUAGAACAAUUAAGAGAUUUGGAAGGAAAUCACAUAAGAAACCAUUUAAAAUUGUAUAAUACACAUAAAACUAAUAUGCAAUAAAUAAUAUAAUUAAAUGGAACGAAGAUAUAUAUAAUGA